GUGGUAAGGAAACCAUCGCGAAGACCGAGUUGGUCACAUGGCACACCAUACACGACUAUUCUCUCUAGUCUCUUAUAAGCCACUUGUUUAAGAGCCUAAAUUUCCAUUUCAUACUUUACUAUCUCACAGUAUGACGUACUCAAUUAAAGUUCUUCUUUUCGUGUCACUUUUAUUGCCGGCGGUGUUACCCUCUGUCGGAGCUCAGCCAUCGGGAAAUUCCCAAAAUAACCCACAAGAGAUUAAACAGUUCAAUACAUCCAUAGCAAUCUUCAUCGGGGUCGUCAUAACCAUGUUCUUCUCUAUAGGACUCUUCUCCAUCUACAUUGUACACUGCUCCAAUGCACAGGGAGCUGCUAACAACGUCAGACUCGGAGCUAGAACUGGAAGGUCUGGGAGGAAUACGCGUGGACUCGAUGCGGUGGUUCUUGAGACGUUCCCGACGCUCGAGUAUUCGGCGGUGAAGGGGCUCAAGAUCGGAAAAGGCGCCUUAGAGUGCGCCGUGUGUUUGUGCGAGUUUGGAGACGAUGAAACGCUGCGUUUAAUCCCCAAGUGCGAUCACGUUUUCCACCCCGAGUGUGUUGAUAUGUGGCUCGAGUCACACACCACUUGCCCCGUUUGCCGAGCUAAUCUCGUACCCGGACCCGACGAGUCCCUCCACCAAUUCGAGCUCCCCAACGAGACAGACAUCGAAUCCCAAAACGACGCCGAUGUAUUGGAAACGGCAUUUGAAGGAGCCAUACAGGAACAACUCCCGACGUCAGUGCCGGCUACAAAACCAGAAGUUUCAAAAUUGAGAGAGACUUUAAAUCACAACCGUACACGUGGAUCUCUAUCAAGCAGGGCGCGUAGAGUUUAUCGGCGGUCUCAAUCGUUGCUCCAACCGAGUGAGAACACCGAGCGAUUCACUCUGAGGUUACCAGGCGAUGUGAGAAAGGAGAUAAUGCAACGUCAGUUGGAACGAGCUACGAGUCUACUGGAGUUGCCGAGAGAAAAUAAUUCGAGGAGUGACAGAGGUGGGCGGUUCGGUAGGCGGUUGGACUGGUUGACUAAGUCAGACCAGUGGAAUUUGUCGUUGAGUUUUUCUAAUAGAACGUCUUCCAUUAAAUCGCCAAAGAUAGAGGAAAAUGAAGGUGAAUGGCCCUCGUUGGAUUCAAGUAUUGGACCGGAUGUGCCACGAAGCAAGUCGGUCCGGGCCCAGGUAAAGGCAAGGGCAAGCUUGAUCAGCCCUGAAUCGGAGAGCUCUGAAGGCAGAAUGUACAUGGUUAGCUACUUAGCCACCAUGGUUGAUGAGGAGACAGGAACAGAAGGACCAUGAAUGUCUGUUUUUCCCUUAAAGUGGCUAGUGGUUGUUUGUACUUUGGAAAUUUUGUAAACUGACUUUCAAACACGGUUUCUUUUGGGAUCCCUUGAGACACGUUUUUAACUAAAUGACUUGAUUAGCAAGUCCCUCACCUUUAUGAACACACAGUGUAACGGUCUUGGCUAACCAGGGCGUUACAACUUGGUAUCAAAGCGUCCUAGGUUUAAGGGUUCCUGAAGACCGACUGGACAUGUACAUUCGCUGCUAGAGACAAGCUCGAUUCAGGGUUUGGUAAUGUGUAUAUGUGCUUAUAUGCUUGUA